AUGAUGACGUCGAAUAAUGCGGAGUCGCUCAAUGCAUUAUUUAAGAAGGAUAGAGAGUUACCAAUUCUCGCAAUGAUUGAACAUAUUUGUAGCAAGUUGCAACAGUGGUUUUAUGACCGACGUAAGAAAUCCCAGAAUUGUACGAGUGUGCUAACUCCGGCUCAGGAAGAUCGACUAUUCAAAACUCUGGAAGUGGUAAAAGCUCUAUUUGUGGAACCACUAGAUCAAUUUCGCUUCUCUGUGAGAUAUGGGCGUAACGUUGGAUACAUUAUAGACUUGAAUGACAAUACCUGCACGUGUAGACAAUUUCAGUUGGAAAGUUUUCCAUGUGCGCAUUCUGUCGCAGUGGCAAUGUAUAAAGGAUUUCCACCACACAGCUUACGCAGUUAUUAUUACAUGGCUGAUUUUUGGAAAGCAGCGUAUGCCGAAACUAUAUUUCCUCUACUAAAUGAAGUCGAGUGA